CCGUCUUCAAACAUACUAAAAAAUCCAGAAACUGGAGUUGAAGUUUUCCGAAAGCAUCGAGUCUAUUUUGUUAAUCCAUUGGGCUCUUAAGCAUCAACAAACACUGUAUUCACGAAUAUUACGGGGUCUUAACGAGUAACUCAAAACUUAAUACAGUAAAUGAUGCUGUUUCAAAUUUCGCGCUGUUUGCUCCGCCUGUACACAGAUUAGCCUGCUAGCUAGACAACCAGCCAUGUAACCGUAAACUGGGGACGUAACGCUGACAUUAAGUCAAAUAAAAGAUAUAUUUUCUGUGUUUCACACUGGUGCUUUGAGCUCCGCUAAGUGUGUUUUAAAAUGGAGGUGACAGACAUCGGAAACAAAGAAGAAGGGAAAGUCAUGCAUCGAAAACCAGCAGCAGGAAAGGGGGUGUUGGUGACAAUCAUCCGCACUGCACAGCAAGCAAAGAUUGUGCGUUUCCUUCAUGUUGCCUUUGACACCACAGGAGACUCCUUUCUGGCUGGUGAUCACCAUGGCAACAUCUAUGUCUUUGACAUCAGCAGAAAUAGGUUUCGUCUGGUGCAGAAGACAGGACAAGCCAGUACCGCUCUGGCAUUCAGCCUCCGCAGGACCACAGAGUUCCUUGUGGCUCUCACUGACUACACCAUGAAGUGCUUUGACAAAGACACAAAGCAGUUGGUCAGUUGGAUGCGGGGUCACGAAGGAGCGAUCUCAUCCAUCUCUGUCCACAGCUCAGGUAGGUAUGCCAUCAGUACGUCCUCAGACACGGCUCAGCUCUGGGACCUUGACACCUUCCAAAGGAAGAGGAAACUCAACAUUCGACAGUCUGUUGGUAUUCAAAGGGUUUUUUUCCUGCCUCUCAGUAACACCAUCCUUAGCUGUUUCAGUGAUGACUCUAUUUUUGCUUGGGAAAGCGACACUUUGUUCUGUAAAUAUCAGCUCCCUGUUCCUGACAGUGGACCAAAAGUCUCCUACAAGGCCUUCGCUGUCACACGUGAUGGUAAGAGCCUCGCUGCUGGUGGACGCUCCAACCUGCUGCACCUGUGGUGUUUGGACAGUCAGCAGCUGAUCAGGGUGAUUCAGAUGCCUGCACAGGUCCGAACUGUCAGACAGCUGGAAUUUCUUCCAGACAGUUUUGAUGGAGGUGCCAGCCAGACACUGGGUGUACUUAGUCAGGACGGAGUGAUGCGUUUCAUCAACGUUCACACCUGUAAGCUGCUUUUCCAAAUGGGCUCCCAUGACGACGCCAUCAUCACAGUUGCCGUCAGUCCUAACGGCAGACACAUCGUGGCUGUCAUGGAUAACGGCAGCAUCAAUGUCUACAAUGUCCAGAGUCUCACACAGGAACUAAACAAGCCUCCUCCGUCCCAGGUGGCUGUUGUCUGCGAAGCGGAUCAGGGGUUGGCAGAUUUGAAGGUAAAAGUCCGGUCCGAUGUCAUUCAUAGACCCGCUAAGAGCUCUGGGAGGCGGACACAGGUGAAGAUACUCAGACCUCCUGCUGGGUCUGCAGCUGAGGAUAAAGAGAAUGAUCUGCCUGCUGGUUUGAAUAAGAAGAGACUAGUUUCUAUGCUUAAAGCCUUUGGAGAAUAUCCUGCUAAGUACAGGAUGUUUGUUUGGCGGUCUUUGCUGUGUCUUCCAGAGAACCAUGCAGCGUACAGCAGUCUGACUGAUAAAGGCCUGCAUACAGCAUACCUCACUCUGCAGGAUAAAUACCCCAUCAAAAAUCACAAGCUGCAGAGAGGGCUGCAGAGGGUUUUGUCUGCCUUAGCUCACUGGGCGGCCAUCUUUGGGGAGGUGGACUAUCUUCCUCUGGUUGCCUUCCCUUUCGUCAAGCUCUACCAGAACAACCCAAUGCUCUGCUUUGAGGUGGUGGCCACCGUCAUAGUAAAUUGGUGUCAGCACUGGUUUGAAUACUUCCCCAAUCCUCCUCUAAACAUCCUGAGCAUGGUGGAGAACGUUGUGGCUCAUCAUGACAAGGAGCUGCUGCAGCACCUGGUAGACUGUGGCGUCACCUCUCAGCUCUAUGUUUGGCCCCUGCUAGAGACCUUGUUCUCAGAGGUUUUGACUCGUGAUGAGUGGCUCAAACUUUUUGACAACAUUUUCUCCAACCACCCGUCAUUCCUGCUUAUGACCUGUGUGGCCUACAUCACCUGCUGUCGUGAGCCUCUGCUGCUCUGCUCCCAGAAACAGGACUUUGAGUAUUUUUUCCACCACCGUAACAACCUGGAUGUGGGAGCCAUGAUAAAGGAGGCGUACCGGCUCAUGAGCAGCACACCAGCUGACAUCAAUCCCAGGACUCUGCUCUCUGAUUUUACACCCCUGACUAAAGGGCAGUACCCUGUGUUCAACCAGUAUCCAGAGUUUGUAGUGGAGUAUCAGAGCAGAGAGAGGGAGAAGAUUCGACUGCAGGAGCUGGAAUAUCUCCGUGAGAGGCAGGAGGUUUCUGCCCUGCGUGCAGAUUUUGUUCGUCACCAGGCUGAAGAGGAGGCCUAUUACGCUCAACAGGAGCUGCUGCAGAAGGCAGAGGAGCAGCGCAAAAACAUCCUCGCACAAGAAGAGGAAAAACUCACCCAGCAGAGGGCAAAGUUGGCAGCUAUGAAGAGAGAGCUGAAGGUGAAGGAGUUACAGCUGCUGGAUGCCACCAGGAGACGGUUCCUAAAACACCAGCAAGACCUGAGAGCCUCACAGGUCAAAGGUUUAGAGAAGGAGAUCACCAGAAAGAUCGACCAGCGUGAGCGAGAAACAGCUGCAGCUGUCCAGGACCUAGAAGUGAGACAGAUGGAGCUGGAGGCUCAGAGGAGGAGACUUGAACAGCACCUGUUGAAAGAGCAGGAGCGCCUUGGACGGAGGGUGGAGGAGGAGGUCGAGGCAAGAAUGAGGAGGGCAGAAAGAGAGGAGGAGAACUACACAGAGCUGCUUCACAACACAGAGACAAACAUUCAGGCCCUGGAGGAGUCUUUAGUGGAGGCAUGCCAGCUGGGCUUAGACUCGGACUGGCAGAGGGAGGUGGCGGAGCGGCUGCGGCAGGUGGAGGCCGAGCAGGAGAGGAAGAGGGACCGACUGGCAGAGCUUCACAAGCAGACACUGGCAGAGGAGGAGAGACUGGCUAACACCAUGAGAGAUGUGGCAGGAAGGAAGUGGGAGGAUGUGAUGAGAAGCAGAGCUCUGUUACAGGAGCAACAUCAGCCCCUGUCUUCAGCACACACAGAUGGACAGAGUCAGACGUGUCCUCGUAGACCGAGUGCCUCAACUUCUGCAGUUUGCGUUGGAACAAACACUGCUGUAUCACCAGUCAGACCCAGUGCUACCUCCCCGAAGCAGACAGGAACCAACAUGACAUGUUUGAACAGUCGUUCACCUACAGAGAGCACCUCCACCGUCUUUUCUCUGGACCGAGGCCGUGCCCAGCUGGACAGCAGCGAGAGAGAACUGCUGAAAGAAAUCAGAGAGCUGAGACAGAAACUUGCGGCCAGAGCAAGAGAGGGCAGCUCAGCCUCCUCACAGUCUGUCCACACACUGUCCUCUGUCUCCCAGUGACCAAACACGCUGCUCUGUGUCUCCACCAUGUCAGAAAAACAUCUUCUAAUGAGCUAUGACAACAGAAACACUGACUCAGACUGUUUCCAAGAGCUUACAGACCACUCUGGUCUCCAUCUUUAAUGACUGAUGAUUAGUGCAACUGAAUGCAAACUACUCAACUUUCUAUAAAUUAGGAUUUUCAAGAUACCGGAAUUUUAAACCUCAAUGUAAUAUCAGUAAAGAAAUGACUUCAUUAUCUGUUUCAGUACCCUUGGAAAAAUAGAAAUCCGACACCCCCAGUUUUGCAUUGUUUUAAGUUACCAUGAAUUACAAAGAAACUCACGUCUAAAUUGCACAAACACACGAGCAACAUUUCAGUCACCUUCUCUGCUCUGUAUUUCCAAGAGACAAACAUCACUAUAACAUCUUCAUAAGACAGCAAGAGGCAACCCCUGUGGAUAAAAAAAUGAAGCCAUGACGAAGUCCAAAAAACCAAGACCGUUUGGCUGCAGACUGUGCAUCUCUGAUAGCCACUCUCACUGCUGUUCGUCUGAGAUGUCGUAUGUUUUGAAACAAAAAUACAUGCUUAAACUUCCUAAAUAAAUUCAAACUAAAAUUCUGUUAAGGGUUAUGGUCAGGAUCAAGGUAACAGUUAUGAUACCAAAAGUUAAAAAACCUGAACGGCAAAACCUGAUUACAAAACAUUUCAUAAAUCGGAGUAAAUAGUCUGCUUACAGGAAAAACAGCUCAUCCUCCAUGUAAACACUAACGCAGCCAGCUUACAUAGCUCCAUUAGCUAUGUAAGCUAUGUAGCUAACAGAGCUAUGUAGAUAACAGAGCUAAAGCUAAGCUCACAAAGCAGCUACGUAAGUUAGGUAUCUACAUUAUGUGCAUCACCAAAUUAGCUUUAGCUGUUUUUGCUAAAGCUAACUUAGCUGUAGAUAACAGAGCUACAUAGCUCAUGUAGCUAAAGCUAAGCUUAAAAAGCAGCUAUGUAAGGUACGUAGAUACGAUAUCUGCUUAGCUAUGUUAGCUAUAGCUACGUUUUCUAAAGAUAAGCUACUUUGGCUUAUGUUGUAGUGUUUAUUACAUGGCUAUGUUAGCUUUUGCUAAAGCUAACAACGCCAAAUUUAGUCACUGUUCACAUUACUACUUCUAAAACAUACUUCGAUACAUAAUUUAUUUCCAGAUUAGACCUCUGAACUUUUUCUCUGUUUUAUUUAUUAAAUGAAGUGAAGUCUGUAAUGUUUGCAGUGUGGUUAUUUUAUGAAUUCAACAGCCAAACUUUGAAUAAAGUUACAUUUAAAACAAUAUCUAAAACUGGAAAUACAUUGUAGCUGCAAAUUAAGGCACUUCCUUUCUGGGCUAAAUGGUGAGAGAUGCCGUCUCUGCAGUUCCUGAAGUGUCCACUUGAGGCUGGCAGCAGAAGCAUGGAAUGUCACCAACACAGACCAUGUUAAAAUGCUGAUUUUUACGUCAGGUUUUGGACUCACAAGCCCCCUUCAGCACCAAAUGGCUGAUGUCACUCAGGCUUUGUCUUAUAUUUUCUACUGUGAGAACGUCACCAAAAGGACUUAAAUAUUGGCCAACUCGUGAAUCUGAACAGAUCCCUACUGCUCCUCCCUGACCUUACAGUAGCUCUGGUUUAAAUACAGGGCAAAAAAACAAUGUUUUUCAAAGCUUUGGUACUUUGUUUCAUUUAAACUUUUGGUAUCAAAAAGUAUCAAAAUUUAAACAAACUUAUUAUACUCUAGAUCUUUUUGAAAUGCAUCUCUGUCUAUCUGAUUGGUUUGCUUAAACAGACUAAUCAUUUCAUCUGUGGCUGUCAUUGCUACAUGUGAUGAACACAUGAACGUUUAGCUUGUUUCAUUACAUUAGAGGAUUCAAAAACUCCAGAAGCAACACGUCAGUUGAUUAAAACUUAGUUUUGCCUGCAGUGAAUCCAUACAUAUGAUUUGUUCUGUUACUGCUGACAGUUUUAUGUAGUGUGCAUUGUAAUUACUGGUUGUCACUCUUCUGGAUUUGUUACCAUACACCUUUCAACCAAUGUUAAGCUGUACACUGUUUGUGGUUUUCUUGUUUUUCUCUAAUCCCUCAAGCUGUGAUCUAUUUUUAAAUUAACGUUA